GAUCAUGUAGCCAUUACACAUCGUGUAGCAACCAUAUGGUAGAGACCACAGACAGUAUAUAUCACUGGACAUACUGACCCCUUCACGUUCCAAACAGCAAGUAACCGCUGCUCCAAGAAGCCAAAUCAGAUGCCUCAGUGAAAAAGGGUUCCUUGAAACUUUGACAGAUUCUCAUAAGCUACUUUCAGUGGAAGGGGUCCGGACCUCCAACAAGCUCACUCCUGAUUGGUGACAGUAGUUGCCAUAGAAACGUUCAGUCAGACUGACUUGGACCAAUCACUGUCGCCUGGCUCCAAAUGUCAGUGUCCGUAUUGCGGAAAAGUGGCGACUGAAUUGGCUUCAUCCGGCUGGAGCAGAAAGUCCGUCAUCACACCUCCUCAGUCCUCACCGCUUUAUUUACUGUCUUUGGUGAAACUGCUUUGAAUGCCUCCCAUUGUCCAGUUCUGAGUGAUACCUCUGGCAGUCAAGAGGGGUGAAAUAUAACUCUGUGAUCACACAAAUGUAUGUUUUCCUCAACAACAGAGAGCUUCCCCCACUCUAUAUUGUUGUCAUUACAGAAAAUGAAAAUCUCAGUGAUAGAAUGACAGCCACACGGUUUGGUGUACUUCUUUUUGUUUGAUCGUUUUUUCUUUUUUAUAUGUUAACAACAGGUAAAGAGGAGAAGUGAGAUCAUUUUACUCUGAGGAGUUUCACGGGCUUCGUUAAAAACGUAAUAGAAUUAUUCGGUAUCGGUAGGAGGCGCUGUGUCUUCGUGUACUGGGGAGUGAACUGCCGUCAAACAAAAUAGAAGAAGAAAAUAUUUGAAGUUACCAUGUAGUCUUUCAGGAUCGCAUCGUCCAAAUACUUAACGUUAUAUUUUUUAUUUUUUUUUGUCAAUGUCAGUGUAAACUUUAACAUAUAUUUUAAGAAGUUAUUAUUGUUAUUAACAUCCGAAGACGUGCUCUUUAGCGGAAGUGACGUAAUAACUGCGCAUGCCUAGACGGAUCGGGGAGCCGUUGUGAGUUGAUCUGGAGGUUUUGGGUAACAAUGGGAAACAGUGCCGUUCCGUGCCAGCAGCAUGGACGAUAACUCUCUGCAUCAGAACCGGUACCAGCCUCCGCGACAGUCCGGCUGCGGCGUCGCUCCAGGUCCUCCGCCGCCUUACGACCCCCCGGAACACGGACUCCCUCACUGGUUCCACGCUCCUCCUCCAGAAGCGUGUUUCGGGGGCUCCUGCUUACCUUCUCCCUUUGGAUUUGACCCCUCCAUCCCCCCGCCUUCAUUCGUGAGCCCCCCUCUCGGACAGCCCCCGAGAAGCGCGCCUCCCGCCGCAGGAGGCCCGUCCUUUCUGUCUUUUCCUCCACAGUUCGGCGCCGCUUCUCCGUGGUUUGAGUCCGAGCGCGGGCAGAGGCCGGAUGACUGUCUCUGGGACGGCGGCCCCCCGCCUGCUGCUCCGCGGCGGGGCUUGGAUCGCGGGAGCGGAACCCGAGGCCGAGCGGAGGAGGAGGAGGCUCAGCAGAAGAGAAGAGACCAGGACUGGAUCUGCCGGUUUCUGCAGGGCAGAAGCCGGAGGAACCAGAGGGGUCCCCGGCUCCGUCAGGAGGAGCGGUUACCCCUGGCGGAGCUCUCGGGCGUCCUUUACGGGGCAGCUGCGCUGGUGUCCCGGUUGGAGCAGCUGUGUCUCCGCCUGCAGGGCGAUGACGGCGGCUGGACGGAGUCCUACUCGGCGGCUCUGGACGUGAGGAGGCAGCUGCAGGAGAACAUGGCUCUGCUCAGAGACUCCGAGGGUUUGGCCAGAACCAAAGUGCUCCGGGUGUCGCGUAAAAGGGCCCGACUCCUGAAGGCCAGGACGCUGCGGGAGCUGGAGAGGAAGCAGGCCGAGGAGCGGGGCUGCCUGAAGGAGGCCGCCAUAGAUGAGUGGAGGCUGAGGCAAAUCCAGCAGGGAGAGGAGAAGAAGAAGGAGCAGGAGCUGAAGCUGGCAGCCGACGCCGUCCUGUGUGAGGUGAGGAAGAAGCAGGCAGACGUGAAGAGGAUGCAGGACAUCUUAAGGUCUCUGGAGAAGCUGCGGAAGCUCCGGAAGGAAGCAGCCAACAGGAAAGGUAUCAGCACGGAGCAGCAGUGUGACGAGCUCUUCAGCAGCAGCCUGGAGCAGCUGAGGAGAGUGAUGAAGAAGAGGGCGACCCUCUACUCUGCAGAGGAGAAGGCUCUGAUGGUGAUGCUGGAGGGAGAGCAGGAGGAGGAGCGAAGGAGAGAGGAGGAGAAGCGAAUGAAGAAGGAGAGAGAGAGGCGUCUGCAGGUCAAAGAAAGGGUGGACGCCAUCCUGUUUGGAGAGAAGCCUCCAGCAGAUGGCGCCCUGCAGCCCUUCAGGGACUUCUACAGCCAGGCAGACUGCUCCUUCCAGGCUCUCAUCCACAUCCGGAGCCAGUGGGACCUGUUCCUGGUGGCAUCAGAUAAUCCCAAAGGUUCCUCGCUUCCUCAGAGCUGGGUGAUACCAGAGCUGCCGUCAGACCAGAACUGGGCCUCAGCGCUGCAGUCUACUGACCUCGACUGACGGAAUGGACCGGGAACUAAGCCAAGCCCAAAGCCAGAGGAGAGGAGACGCUCUCCUUGUGUGACGGCCUGGGCUGGGACUGUUUCAUCAUCUGAAGUCAGUUUGGGCUUCAAAGUGCUGGAAAGCAAUCAAAGAAAACAUGGAGGGACCAGAGGAGGACCCCCCCCCAUCUUCUUUCAGAUCAAAUUGAUCCUUCUAAUUACCAAAGAUCCUUUAAAACUGGAGUCAGGAAGCAAGACCAGAACAGCAGGAAGAGACGCUCAUUGGACACAAGAAUUCUGGAAAAUCUUUUGUUCCUUUAAUGUCCAUAAAUUAACUUAAGCCAGACAGAAAUGGACACAAUCCAAAGAAUCCAUAAAGAUCCCAAUGUAAAGUGUUUCUCUGAUUCACUUUGAAUUGUUUUUUCUUCAAACAUGUUAAUGGAACAGAGUGUAUAUAGGAAAAAAAUCAAUGAAUAAAAAAAGAAUAAGAAA